UGAAACGCCAUAUCACAAUGGAGAAUCACGAGCCCCCUUCGAGCAAAUAUUCUUUUGCCGCCUUUUCAUAAGCACAAAGCAGCCAGAAAUUGAACCUCACGGUUGUGUUGGAUCUUUGGUACUAUUAGUCUUGGUUAGAAAAUAAAAUAAUAAAAGAUGCGUGAAUGUAUCAGUAUCCAUGUUGGUCAAGCCGGUGUCCAGAUUGGGAAUGCGUGUUGGGAACUGUACUGUUUAGAACACGGUAUUCAACCUGAUGGUCAGAUGCCAAGUGACAAAACCAUUGGUGGAGGUGAUGAUUCUUUCAACACUUUCUUCAGUGAAACGGGGGCAGGAAAGCAUGUGCCCCGGGCUGUGUACGUCGAUCUGGAGCCCACGGUGGUUGACGAGGUUAGGACCGGUACCUAUAGACAACUUUUUCAUCCAGAGCAGAUGAUAACCGGCAAGGAGGAUGCAGCCAACAACUAUGCUCGGGGUCAUUACACCAUUGGUAAAGAAAUAGUUGACCUGGUUCUAGACAGGAUCCGUAAGCUGGCUGACCAGUGUACGGGACUCCAAGGUUUCCUCAUCUUCCAUAGCUUUGGUGGUGGUACAGGCUCGGGGUUCACCUCUUUGUUGAUGGAAAGGUUAUCCGUAGACUAUGGAAAGAAGUCUAAGCUGGAGUUUUCGGUGUAUCCAGCUCCACAGGUAGCAACUGCCGUUGUUGAGCCUUACAACUCCAUUCUGACCACUCACACGACCUUGGAGCACUCGGAUUGUGCUUUCAUGGUGGACAACGAGGCCAUAUACGAUAUCUGUCGACGUAACUUGGACAUUGAUCGUCCAACGUACACAAACCUGAACCGGUUGAUUGGCCAGAUCGUUUCUUCCAUCACGGCAUCUCUGAGGUUCGAUGGAGCCCUGAAUGUCGAUCUCACCGAGUUUCAAACCAACUUGGUGCCCUACCCUCGUAUUCACUUCCCUCUCGUCACUUACGCCCCUGUAAUUUCGGCAGAGAAGGCGUACCACGAGCAACUCACCGUUUCCGAGAUCACCAAUGCUUGUUUUGAACCUGCCAACCAGAUGGUGAAGUGUGACCCUCGACACGGCAAGUACAUGGCAUGUUGUCUUCUGUACCGAGGGGAUGUCGUUCCUAAAGAUGUGAACGCUGCCAUUGCUGCCAUUAAAACUAAAAGAACCAUUCAGUUUGUGGACUGGUGUCCAACAGGAUUUAAGGUGGGUAUCAACUACCAACCACCGACCGUUGUCCCCGGAGGAGACCUUGCUAAGGUUCAACGUGCUGUGUGCAUGUUGUCCAACACCACUGCCAUUGCCGAGGCCUGGGCACGACUGGACCACAAGUUUGACCUCAUGUAUGCCAAGAGAGCAUUUGUACACUGGUACGUCGGUGAGGGCAUGGAAGAGGGAGAGUUCUCUGAAGCCCGAGAAGACUUGGCAGCACUGGAGAAAGAUUACGAGGAGGUUGGUCUCGACUCGACAGAAGGUGCAGAAGACGAAGGAGAUGAAGAAUACUAAACUUUUUAUAUAUAUAUAAAGCAACUGUAUUAGUUUAAUAUACUUUCCAUUAAUCUUAAGCCUUCCAUUUUUAGCUUCUGAAACUUAGAAUGAUCUUCCAACAUUUGGAUUUUUGUAUUUAAUUAUCUUUUUCUUACAUUUGCUAUUUUCAUAUGAGUUUUCUCAGCUCUUAUUUAUCUUACCUUAGAGAAAAAUAAAUGCAAGUGAAAGAAAAUG